CAUUUGACAUAAAGUUAAUCCAGAGUCAUGGAGAAAUCUCCAUAGGACUACUUGCCUGUGAUAUGUACAAUACAACAAAAGCAAUGAUUGAAAACCUAGCUUCAGCAGUUGAAAGAUUUGGCUUUGUGCCAAAUGGUGGUCGAGUUUAUUAUUUACAACGAUCACAACCUCCACUAUUGGCUGGAAUGGUUUACGAGUACUAUGAGGUGACAAAAGACAAAGAAUUCAUAAUUAAAAUGCUACCAAUCCUGGAAAAAGAGUUGAACUUUUGGAACUCUAAUCGAAUGGGCGUGAAUUAUGUGGUCUAUCGUUACAACAGCAAAAGUAAUAUGCCUAGGCCAGAAGCUUAUGUGCAAGAUUUGAAAAAAGCUCAACAAGUGCAUUAUAAGGCAGAGUAUUGGCAGGUGCUUCCAGUAGAUCUAAAUGCUUUUAUGUGUUGGAAUUUCGAGAUCAUGGAGUACUUAUAUGAGCGAAUAGAGGACCCAAUAAAAUCUGAGUUCUAUCGUGAACAUCGCGCUAAGUUUCGAAGAACCGUGCAUAAAGUAUUUUACAAUCAUACUGCAGGCUCCUGGUUUGAUUUCAAUCUACGUACUGGUUUACAUAACACUGCCUUCUAUCCAUCUAUGACUGUGCCAUUAUUCACAGGAUGUUACAAUACCCUGAAUCAGGGCAAAUCAGAGAGGCUGUUCACCCUUAUGAAGGUGGGUACUGUCAGCUUCGAUUUUUAUGAUAAUCUCAAUGAUAUUGGUGUUUUCGAAUAUCCUGGUGGGAUUCCAACCUCAAUGAUCACAGGAGGCGAAGAGCAAUGGGACUUUCCGAAUGGUUUCAGCCCAUUGAAUCAUAUGAUUGAUAUUGGUGUUUUCGAAUAUCCUGGUGGGAUUCCAACGUCAAUGAUCACAGGAGGCGAAGAGCAAUGGGACUUUCCGAAUGGCUUCAGCCCAUUGAAUCAUAUGAUUGUCGAAGGUCUUCGAAAAAGUUAUAACGCUCAAAUGCAAGAUGCUGUUAGUUUAAUUCCUCAAAUUUCUCCUUUCAUUGUCUUUUUCUGUGGCUAACA